CCCUGGGGGUCAGACACUGAGGAAGCGCUCUCUCGGGCGUCGUAAAUCGAGAAAAAUGUCUGUUACAAGGACACCGUUCCAGGACAAGUUCCAGGAUGAAUUUUGUCGAUUGAAACAGGAACCGUCACGUCACCGACACUCAGCUGAGUGCAAAAUUAUGCACGCAAAGGUGGUUCUUUACAGACUAGAAGAUAUCAGCCUCCCUCAUUGUCCUGAGCACCGGGAGUCUGCAUCCAUCAAAGAAGAAGAGUUGGCAUACACAAAAGAGGAAGAGGACGUUGUACCCAUUCAAGAUGUCAGCCAAGCUCAUCGUCUUGAGCACCAGGAGUCGUCAUACAUCACGAAGGGGGAAGAGUUCGUUCAGAUUCAAGAUGUCAGCCUCCCGCAUUGUUCUGAGCACCAGGAGUCUGCAUUCAUCAAAGAGGAAGAGGAAGAUUGCGUACCCAUUCAAGAUGUCAGCAACCCUCAUCGUCCUGAGCACCGGGAGUCUGCAUCCAUCAAAGAAGAAGAGUUGGCAUACACAAAAGAGGAAGAGGACGUUGUACCCAUUCAAGAUGUCAGCCAAGCUCAUCGUCUUGAGCACCAGGAGUCGUCAUACAUCACAGAGGGGGAAGAGUUCGUACAGAUUCAAGAUAUCAGCCAAGCUCAUCGUCCUGAGCACCAGGAGUCGUCAUACAUCACGGAGGGGGAAGAGUUCGUACAGAUUCAAGCCUGCUCCUCGUCUGUGCCUCUGCCUCUUCUCUGUGACCUGAACCUUGCUACAGGACCGGCUCUAGACGCAUCCUGCCUGGGCCUUCGCCUUGCUCGUCCCCCCCCUGCUUGAACAGCCUUCCGUGCCUCUCCAAGGGCCAAGACUUCUUCCUCUCCGAACCCUUGUUAAUAAAUCUGCUCUGAGCACUGCAUCAUUGGGUCCGUUUGUUCUCUGAGCCCUGUCAGAAAUAACUUGGUGUGAAGAUAAAGAUCAAUUGUCACCUUGCUUCCCCACAUGACUUCCCAUGAUAUUACUAAUCAUAGGGAGAGGAAUUGCUAGGCUUCAGCCAAUUGAAGAAAGGUGCCAAAUGCUGCCAAAAUCCACUCUACUCAUUUUGCGCUGCCUUUAAUUUUUCUAUAUAGGUAAAACGGCGUCAUUACAGAUUGAGCGCAACAAUGAGUGAGAGGGUCGUGCAGCGCAUACAUUAAUUGCGUUAAGUAUUUUAACGUGACACAUUUUUAAAUAAAUUAAUUGCAUUUACAUAUUAUGUCUGUAACGUUAAAUACAAUUAGAAAACGAUUUAAUUAAAAUAUAUACUGUAUGUAUAUUAAAAAAAAGCAUGGCGGAUAUUUUUUUGCCGAUUCCGAUACUUUGAAAAUUACGUGAUCCCGAUCGAUCGGGACAUCUCUAGUUCCAACUAUAGGGGGAUCACACUCCUCAGCCUCCCUGGGAAGGUCUCCCUCAGGGGUACUGGAGAGGAGGGUCCGUCGGGAAGUCGAAUCUCUGAUUCAAGAGGAGCAGUGUGGUUUUCGUCCGGGCCGCGGAACAGUGGAUCAGCUCUAUACCCUCAGCAGGAUUCUCGGGGGGUCAUGGGAGUUCGCCCAACCAGUCUACAUGUGUUUUGUGGACUUGGAGAAGGCGUUCGACCGUGUGCCCCGCGGAGUCCUGUGAGGGGUGCUCCGGGAGUAUGGGGUAUCGGAAUUCCUGAUACGGGGGAUCCGGUCCCUGUAUGACCGGUGUCAGAGUUUGGUCCGUGUAGCCGGUUGUAAGUCGGAUCCGUUUCAAGUGAGAGUUUGACUCCGCCAAGGCUGCCCUAUGUCACCGGUUCUGUUCAUCACCUUUAUGGACAGAAUAUCUAGGUGCAGCCGAGGCACUGAAGGGGUCCGGUUUGGUGGCCACAGUAUUGCAUCUCUGCUUUUUGCGGAUGAUGUGGUGUUGUUGGCUUCAUCGGGCCGUGACCUUCAGCUCUCACUGGAGCGGUUCGCAGCCGAGUGUGAAGCGGUCGGGAUGAGAAUCAGCACCUCUAAAUCCGAGACUAUGGUUCUCAGUCGGGAAAAGGUGGAAUGUCCUCUCCAGGUCAGGGAUGAGGUCCUUCCCCAAGUGGAGGAGUUCAAGUAUCUCGGGGUCUUGUUCACGAGUGACGGAAAAAUGGAACGGGAGAUCAACAGGCGGAUCGGUGCUGCGUCUGCAGUGAUGCGGACUCUGCAUCGGUCCGUCGUGCUGAAGAGGGAGCUGAGCUGAAAGGCGAAGCUCUCCAUUUACCGGUCGAUUUACGUUCCUACCCUCACCUAUGGUCACGAGCUGUGGGUCGUGACCGAAAGAACAAGAUCCCGGAUACAAGCGGCUAAAAUGAGUUUCCUCCGUAGGGUGUCCGGGCUCUCCAUUAUAGAUAAGGUGAGAAGCUCGGUCAUCUGGGAGGGGCUCGGAGUAGAGCCGCUGCUCCUCCACAUAGAGAGGAGCCAGAUGAGGUGGCUCGGGCAUCUGAUUAGGUUGCCUCCGGGGCGCCUCCCUGGUGAGGUGUUCCAGGCACGUCCUACAGGGAGGAGGCCAUGGGGCCGACUCAGGACAUGCUGGCGAGACUAUGUCUCCCGGCUGGCCUGGGAACACCUUGGGAUCCCCCAAGAAGAGCUGGCUGAAGUUGCAGGGGAGAAGAAAGUCCGGGCUUCCCUUCUGAAGCUGCUGCCCCGCGACCCUACCUCGGUCGGAUAAGCAGGAGAAAAUGG